UCUUCUCCAGCCAUGGCGCAGCAGCUGCUUCGCUCACCUGUCGCCUCCGCGAGCAUCCUCGGCUUCGGCCUGGCGCUGAUGCUCUUACCUGCGCUCACUGCGGUGAGCGUGCCGAUGCCCGGGGCCCCAAUGGACCGGCCCGUCACCGACCCGGGCGUGCAGCAGGCCGCUGCCUUCGCCGUGCAAGUCUACAACAAGGCCAGCAACAGCGCCUUCUAUUACAAGGCGAUGCGCAUCUUGAGCGCGCGAAGUCAGGUUGUGGAGGGAAUAAAAUACUACCUGACGGUGGAGCUGGUGAACACCCUGUGCGAAAAGAGAGGUGGAUCCGGGCUGAACCACGUGGACCUGGAACACUGCACAGUUGCCUCGGUCGCAGACCAACGGAAACAAAUCUGUGAAUUCCAGAUCUGGUCCCGGCCAUGGUUGAACGACACACGGUUGGAGGAUAUGAGCUGCAAAGCGGCGAGUUCUUGAACUUGACGCCAAGGGGCAGCUGAGCCAACAUACUCACUGAUGCUGCGAAACAAACUUGGUGCAAUAUAAUCCCUUUUUUCCCUUGGGCUUGGAGGUUUCUAGAAUUCACCGCGUGGCGACUGGGCCCCAGCAGAACGAAUCGUGAAAUUAAACGUUUCUGUUUUAAUUGUGAAAUCGCACUUUCUACGUCUCUAAAAUGAUACCAGUAGGGAUUUUUCUGUCCUCCGUCUUUGCUAGUUUUGUUUCAAAGUGGCAUCCACCCUGAAGAAUCCUUCAAAACCUGCUGAAUCUGUUGUAAUUUGUUGGCUCGUCUUAAUAAAGAUAUUAUCCUGUUG